CACAUUCAGUGACAAAAUGAACCACGAGAAUCUUCCCGAGCAGAUACCGUAUCUGUCCUACGCAUUUCGAACGCUGUCUCCGGAAGAGCAGCUGAAGUUGGAACAUUCACUUCGAAACCUUCAACGCGCGCAGCGGUUACAGUCCGUUUACUUCUUGGGCAAACUAGAAGGCCAGGACUCUGAUUACUACUUAGCGUUUGGAUGCCCAGGGCAGGAUGUGUUCAACGGUCGGAAGCUUUUCUACAGCUUAGAUCUGAUCGAUUGGUAUCUCUUGCUGGAGCCGAAAAGCUGGAACCCAAACUGGGAGCAAAUUCAAAGCCCGUUUCAUGGUGAUCCAGCAUUCCAGCUAACGGUAGACUUUGGCCCACAAUUCAGCUUGGACGAGAAUUUGGUUCCGGUAAAAGGGGCGAAUAAAGUUUUAGUGGUUAAAGAGCAAGAUCGGCUUUGGUUUGUUGUUACUCGGUUGCUGGAAGAAGCAGCCGUUGUUCCGAGGGGCGUACUCUACCAUACCACGGAAGGCCAAUCGGUGAUUAAUCCGUUUUUCGACGGAAUGUGCUGCAACGACAGCCUAAAAUUGCACAACUAUCAUUAUUUCCGGCAACCGGUGAGUGAACCUGCGGUUAAUCUUCUGAAACGGGACCGAUGCAGUUACUUCUUCGACGUUUUUGAUCCCGCUGAUGAGUGUGUACCGAAGGAGCACAGUUUCGCUAUGUCACGGGAUCCGAUGCGGGAUGUUUUCACGUUGACAUCCCUACAAUGGCCGGGAAUGGUUAAUUUUCACAGAGCGAAUUCGAAAGCUUACGGAUUUUUCUACUUCGGUGAUGGAAGAAAGAAUUGGAAUCUUAUGUUCAAAAUUUGA